GGUUUCUCCCGUUCUCUCUUUCUCUUUAAUUGCAUCUGCAACCUCCCCCUUUUCUUUCUAAACAAAAACACCAUGUCCGACGUUAAAAUAUUCACCUACGAGGAAAUCGCAAAGCACAACACACGAGAAGAUUUGUACAUGGUCAUCAGUGGCAAGGUGUAUGAUAUCACUGCCUUUGUAGAUGAACAUCCUGGUGGUGAAGAAGUCUUGAUUGAUGAAGGGGCCAGGGAUGCCACUGGUCCCUUUGACGAUGUCGGUCACUCGGAAGAUGCACGCGAACUGUUAGACAAGUAUUAUAUUGGUGACGUUGAUCCUGCGUCUCAACCUAUUGCUGCUCCAAGUACAACCAACAAUGUAUCUUCCAGUUCGGCACCUCAGGGAAAUGCCUUGCGCAUCCUCGUUCCGUUGGUCAUCAUUGCCGUAUGGGUGUACUUCCGCUUCCUUGCCUAAUCUUAUAAUUUUCUCUAGAUCAACCCUACACUCAAGCACAUAUACACACUACAAUCACGCUAUUCCACAAAAAAAACCUGUCAACAAUCCCGUAGAGGCAGAAAACUGCAAGUCUUAUAACCUCUUUCUUUCACUGCAUGCUUUUUUUUCAGCCACUACUUUAUAUAUAUAUACUAAAAAGGUUCGAAAUGAGAAAAAAUAUA